UCGGAUUUUAUUUUUCAACAGUCCUCAUCAAAAUGAGGUUCUCACUGUUUUUUUCAUUUGUUAUUGUCGUUGGAAUAUAUAGUUAUAAUUUUUCUGAGGCAAGAGAGCCUGUUUGUUCUAAAUUUGCAUAUGAAGAACAGCUUUUAGAGAAAAUGAUUAGAACUGAAAUUAAGGUAGAAACAAUGGUGAAUGAAAUUAAGAAAACUGAAAAUAAUGUCAUCAGCACAUUAGGCGACAUUAAACAAACUGUUACGGACAUGUUUGCAGAUAUGAAGGGGAACAUAACAGAUGAAAUGUUAAAGAGAAGUGACGAGAUAAAAAGGAGAGAAGAAUCCUUCAAGAAAUUAUUUGAGGAGACAAGAACAAACCUCACGAGUGACAUGGAAGCUAAAAGAGAAGAACUUACUCAACUUCAAGGAAAACUUGAACGACCUCCGAUCGCUUUCCAUGCACAUCACGUGACAAAUUUGGUUCUUGAUACUUCAGAUGAGAUUGUUAUAUUUACGAAAAGUGUGAUCAACGAGGGAACAGGUUAUGACACUUCUACUGGGAUUUUUACAGCACCUGUUGGGGGACUGUACCAGUUUGAUGUGCAUAUAUGUGCUCUUAACGGAAACUAUGCUUUUAUUGGUCUGUUGUUGGAAGGUAAAAUUAUUGCACUAGAUUCAAGCUAUGCUGAGAGUUAUUACACCUGUAGUACUUUUGGAGCAAUAGUAAGAGUUAGAUCAGGAGAAAAAGUUUGGGUCAAAUCAACAUCGUCAGCUUCUAACCGCCAGCUAGGUCAAGACUCAGUUAGGAUGAACACAUUUAGUGGAGUACUUGUCAAUAACUAAAUGAAUACAUUAUUCAAUUUUUGUAUAUGCCAUUAUAUAUCUGAUUGUUUUACAAAUAUUCACACAAUUAUGAUCGUAUGUGACAAAUUUUUUGAUUACCAGUCUUCAAAAAGAUAGUAUUUUGCUAUGUUUUAUCAGUAAACAGAUAAGCAUGUAAUAAAAACAAUUAUAUUGUCGUGUUUUCAAAUAAGUAUAGCAUGUAUACAUUUGUUCUUUUUGUAUGGUUCUUUUUGCACACAAUAUCAUCUGAUGAAUAUCAUGCGCAUCAACAUUUUUAACUUAUUCCUUACUUUGAAACACUGUUCAACAACCGAUAAUUUACUGCAUUAGUUUUAUCUGGAUACAUGGU